AUUCCUCACCGCGUGUUUUCCCGGUGUUGGAACGGUGCUUGUGUUGAAUUUUUCGUAUUUUCGGGGAAAAUCGCACGCACAAACUCGCCAAAAUGAGUUUGUACAACUUCAAAAAGAUCAUGGUGGUGCCACCAGCAAAGGCCUUCAUCGAUAUUAUGCUAUCGAAAACACAACGGAAAACACCGACCGUUGUCCACAAGCACUACAAAAUCAGUCGGAUCCGUGCGUUCUAUAUGCGCAAGGUGAAGUACACGCAGCAGAACUUUCACGAUCGGCUGACGCAGAUUAUCCAGGACUUUCCGAAGCUAGACGAUGUCCACCCGUUCUAUGCCGAUCUGAUGAACGUGUUGUACGACAAGGACCACUACAAGCUGGCGCUGGGCCAGCUGAACACCGCCCGACACUUGAUCGAUACUGUGGCCAAGGAUUACGUACGAUUGCUCAAGUUUGGUGAUUCACUUUAUCGCUGCAAACAGCUAAAGAAAGUCGCCCUCGGUCGAAUGGCGACGAUCAUGAAGCGUCAGGCAUCGAACCUUACCUACCUCGAGGAAGUACGUCAACAUCUGUCCCGUCUGCCGUCGAUCGACCCGUACACACGCACGAUCAUCGUGUGCGGGUUCCCGAACGUUGGCAAAUCGAGCUUCCUAAACAAGGUGACACGGGCCGAUGUGGACGUCCAGCCGUAUGCGUUCACGACCAAAAGUUUGUACGUGGGCCACAUGGACUACAAGUAUCUGCGCUGGCAGGUGAUCGACACGCCCGGAAUUCUCGACCAUCCGCUCGAAGAACGUAACGUGAUCGAGAUGCAGGCCAUCACGGCGAUGGCCCAUCUGAGGGCUUGCAUCAUGUACGUGAUGGACGUGUCGGAGCAGUGUGGCCACUCGAUCGCCGAACAGGCCCAUCUCUUCGACAGCAUCAAACCCCUGUUCGCCAAUAAGCCGCUCGUGCUGGUGCUAAACAAAACAGACAUUUUAAAGUUCGAUGAACUGGAACCCGAAAAGCGCAGCAUUAUCGAGGGCUUGUCCGAAGAUCGGGAGCUGAUUCCGAUCCUGGAGAUGUCGACCGCUACCGAGGAGGGUGUGAUGGAGGUGAAAAUGGAAGCGUGCGAGAGGCUUUUGGGCUAUCGGGUCGACCAGAAGUUGAAAACGAAAAAGCUCGAAGGACUGCUGAAUCGGUUGCACGUGGCGUUGCCGGAAAAGCGGGACACCAAGGAGCGCCCUGCUUGCAUUCCGGAGGCGGUACUGGCGGCGCGUGCUGCCAAUGCCGAUAAGAUCGCCAAACGGCAGAGGAAGCUGGAGAAGGAGAUCGAGGCGGAGCAGGGCGACGAUUACACGCUGGAUCUGCAGAAGAACUACACGACUAUCGCCGAGGAAGAACGGUACGAUGUGAUCCCGGAGUUCCUGAACGGAGUCAACAUAGCGGACUAUAUCGAUCCGGAUAUCUUCGAGAAACUGGAGGAACUGGAGCGCGAAGAAGGUCUGCGGCUCGAGUCGGGAUUGUACGAUCCGCCGCCACUCAAUCUCGACGAAACGUUGCUCGAGAUUCGCGAGAUGGCCAAGCAGAUCCGGCUGAAGCGCUUCCUGCUAAAGGAUGCCAAGAAGCUGACGAUGAAGAGUGGCCGCCCGAUCAUGCCUCGACACAAGCAGGCAAUGGUGCGCGACCGCAAGUCGGACAAUCUGCGCAAAACGAUGGAAAACCUCGGCGUGGACAUGUCUGGUACGGAGCAGUCGAACUUUACCAAGAGCGAGGUGUCGCUGCGGCGCAGUUUGGUACCGUCGGUCGGUGGCCCGAAAACACCGAAGAAGGACCGCGAGUCGUCGGCGAUCGUCAAGGCAACGGGACAGCUGCUCAAGCGCCGAACACCCGGCCACGAGCUUGGCAUCAAAGACGUUAUGGUUAAAGCAAAGGCAAAGGUUAUGGCAAAGCACGACAUUGCGAAGCGCGUUACGAAAAUGUCCCGCAAAGGUGAAGCCGAUCGUCACAUACCGGACCUCAAACCGAAGCAUCUGUUUGCUGGUAAGCGUGGCACCGGCAAAACGGACCGUCGUUAGGCGACUGUUUGGAACGUUUAAGCUGCCGUCGGAGACUUGGGCGAAAUAUGUUUACUUCUUUUUCACGGAAAUAUAUAAAUUUUAUUUGAAUCGCAAUCACAUUCAA